CUUCAUCGUCUUACUCAUAUAUAUAUAUACAAUGUCUUCCAACUCCUUAGAACAAUUGAAAGCUACCGGUACUGUUAUCGUCACCGAUACCGGUGAAUUCGAACAAAUCGCCAAGUACACUCCUCAAGAUGCCACCACUAACCCAUCUUUGAUCCUUGCUGCUGCCAAGAAGCCAGAAUAUGCUAAGGUUAUUGAUGUUGCCAUUGACUACGCUAAAGACAAGGGUUCUUCUCCAAAGGAAAAGGCUCAAAUUGCUCUUGACCGUUUGUUGAUUGAAUUUGGUAAGAACAUUUUGGAAAUUGUUCCAGGUAGAGUUUCUACUGAAGUUGAUGCUCGUUUGUCUUUCGACAAGGAAGCCACCAUCAAGAAGGCUUUGGAAUUGAUUGAAUUGUACAAGACUCAAGGUAUUGACAAGGACAGAAUCUUGAUUAAGAUUGCCUCCACUUGGGAAGGUAUCCAAGCUGCUCGUGAAUUGGAAGCCAAGCACGGUAUCCACUGUAACUUGACUUUGUUAUUCUCUUUUGCUCAAGCUGUUGCUUGUGCCGAAGCUGGUGUCACUUUAAUCUCCCCAUUCGUUGGUAGAAUCUUGGACUGGUACAAGGCUUCUACUGGUGAAACCUACACUGCUGAAACUGACCCAGGUGUCGUUUCCGUCAAGGGUAUCUACAACUACUACAAGAAGUUUGGCUACAAGACCAUUGUCAUGGGUGCUUCUUUCAGAAACACUGGUGAAAUCAAGGCUCUUGCUGGUUGUGACUUCUUGACUGUUGCUCCAAAGUUGUUGGAGGAAUUGUACAACUCCACCGAAGCUGUUCCAAAGCAAUUGGAUGCUGCCGCUGCCAAGUCCCAAGACAUUGAAAAGGUUACUUUCGUUGAUGACGAAGCUGCUUUCAGAUUCGCCUUGAACGAAGACGCCAUGGCCACUGAAAAGUUGUCUCAAGGUAUCAGAGCUUUCGGUAAGGAUGCUGUUACCUUAUUGGAACAAUUAGAAAAGAGAUUUUAAGUUGUUCUCUGAUCUGUAAAUAUAUAGAUUGUUACGACUACCUAAUAAAAAAUAUAAUACGA